CCCUUACAAAAAAAUUUAAGUAUAUCAAUGGAUAACUCUCUUCAAAUUGAUAUAAAAAACAGCAAAAUUGAUGAGGAACCUGUUACAUUUGGAAAUAAAAAUCUUUACCCAACAAAUCAUUUAUGCUUUUUAACUCCAACAAACCCAUUUCGAAGGUGGUGCGUUGCAGUUCUCAAAUCAAAGCCAUUUGAAUUUCUAAUCAUUUUUACAAUACUACUUAAUUGCGUUGUAAUGGCGCUUAACACGCCGCAACCAAAUUCCGAUAGAAAUGCAAUUGAUGAAACACUAGACCAUAUCGAUGUUUAUAUUUUGGGAAUAUUCUGUUUGGAAGAGUUUUUAAAGAUAGUUUCUCAAGGUUUAUUUAUGCAUAAACAUUCUUAUCUCCGUAAUCCAUGGAAUAUCCUAGAUCUAAUAUUUAUUGCCACAGGUGUUUUAACGCAAGUGAUAAGAAACAACAGCAUAUGGUUAAAAUAUAUAAAGUUGGUUCGAAUUUUCAGACCAUUAAAGUUUCUAGCUAAGUUUGAAAGUCUUCAAGUUUUGCUUGCCACAAUAAUAAAAUCACUUGCAUUACUAUUUCAUGUGUGUAUUUUUACAUGCUUUGUUAUUUCAAUGUAUGCAAUUGUUGGAAUGUCUUUUUUAAAAGGAAAAUUUCAUUAUACAUGUAUUUGGGAUUCAACAAAUGAAAUUUGGAAGAAAGAAUACUUGUGUGGAACCAAUGGUAAUCAAUGCCCUAAAAACACAUCUUGUAAGCGGUACUGGCCAGGACCUAAUAGUGGUGCUAUAAGUUUUGAUAAUUUUAUCAUCAGCUGUAUAACUGUAUUUGUUUGUAUUACAUGUGAGGGAUGGUCUAACAUAAUGCACAAGACUUUUGAAGUUGCUGAUAAUUUGGGAAAGUAUUUUUGGAUAUAUUAUUACACAUUAGAAAUUAUUGGAGCUUUCAUUAUAAUGAACUUAGUACGUGGAGUGUUAAGUGGUGGUUUUAGUAAACAAAGGUCUCGAAUUUCAAAUCGCAAUUUUUUAUUAUCAAAAAUAGAAUCAAAAAUUAAACAAAUAUCUGUCAAAUAUGUUAAUUGGAUUGACGAAGCUGAAAAAGUUUUAGCAAACGAAGCUGAAAAGAAAUUAGAAAAAAAAAGAAGGAAUAUAAGGUAUCCAUUUUUGAGCAAGUUUGUGACUUUCAAUUCCAGAAUUCGUACUGCUUUGAAAAAAAUUCUCUUGCUUCCUUUUUUCUAUUGGUUAAUGAUGUUUUUAACUUUUCUUAAUGCAUUGAUAUUGGUUGUUCAACAUUAUAAACAACCUCAAUGGGUUACUGAUAUAAAAGGUGUAUCGCAAUUAGUUUUUAUGGUGUUUUUUUUGUUGGAAGUCAUCUUAAAGUUGUACGCACUUGGUUUACAGUUGUAUUUUGCUAAACUGUCUGAUAAGUUUGAAUUUGUGGUUGUGACUUUAUGGCUUAUGGAUUUUUUUUUAUUGAAAUAUGCUGGUUUCAACUUUUCUUUUUUUGUUUUGCAUCAGUUGCAACUUUUCAGACUUUUUCAGCGCACAAAUAUUUGGGAAUCUCUGAAGAAAUUGAAAGCAUCCAUAUUUGCUAGCAUAUCAUCAGUUUUAAAUUUGAUUCUACUACUUUUUGUUUUCGCUGUUAUUUUUGCAUUAUUUGGAAUGAAUUUUUUUGGUGGCGUAUUCUACAAUAUAGUUCCUAAGCCAAGAGCAAAUUUUGAUGAUUUUUUCAACUCUUUAAUGGUGGUUUUUCAGAUAAUGAUGGGAGAAGGUUGGAAUUAUGUUAUGUAUGAUGCAAUCAAGUCAAAUGGUGGAGCUAAUAAACCUUUGGCUCUUCUAUCAUCCUUAUAUUUUAUUAUACUUAAUAUUAUUGGAAAAUAUGUUUUGAUAAACAUAUUUUUGGCUAUUGCUAUCGAUAAUAUUUUGUUAGCUGAAAACCAAAGCAAAAAAUUCUUUUCUGCAAAAAAAAAAGCCUUAUCACUUUUGAAGAAAAAACAUAAAAAAUCUUCAAAGAAACACAAAAUUGCAAACAAAAUGAUCAUCAAUGUAAAAUCAGUCCAUAAAAGAUAUAAAAGCUACCUAAGUUCAAUCACAGACAAUAAUAAAAAAGAUGCAAGUCAAUUGACAAAUAAAGUAGUUAGCGAUGAAAUAAACAUUGAUUAAAGAUGAGAUUAACUGAAGAAAAUUAGUGAAGUAUUGCAGUUUGAUUUUAUUAAACUUGCUGAGGAGAAGCAAGUGAAAAUGAAAAAAGUAAUGAAAUUAAGAAAUUAAAGCUGCACUUCUUGAAGCAAAUGAGAAAGUUACUAAAACUUUAUUCAUUAUAGUUUAUAAUAAAGUUUAUAUUUUGUAAAUAAAACACUUUACUUUGUUUAAAAUAGAUACAAACUGUUACUUUUUUA